AUGCCUGUCAAGGUAAUUGUUGAUGAACUCUCUUUGAUUGAUGCACCAGUUUCGGAUGAUGAUUUGACGUUAUAUGUGUUUAAUGGACUUGGUUCUGAGUUUCGAGAUAUGGUAGCCCAUAUUCGCACGAGAGAAACUGCCUUGUCUUUUGCAGAAUUGCAUGAUCUGUUAAUUGGUCAUGAACAAUACCUCAAACGCAUGGAUGGAAACAAUUCAACCCUAGUUGUCACUGCCAAUUCCUCUCAACGGAAGCCCUUCAAUCGUCGCCUGGUCACAUUGCAAGGCAUUGUGCGAAAAUGCAAUCUCACCCUGCUGCUAACUGUACCACUUCUUCGGCUCCAUCGAAUGGCAAAUGGCUGGCUCUGUGAUUCUGCUGCUUCUCAUAAUAUUACGUCUGAUUUGGCUAAUCUCUCCAUUCACUCUGACUAUGAUAGGCAAGAUGAGGUUGUUCUUGGAGAUGGCAUAGGUUUUCAAGUUGCUAACAUCGGUUCCACCACUAUUUCCUCCAUUUCUCGUUCUCUUCCUUUAAAUGAAACUUUGCAUGAUCGGAUGACUGAAGCGGUGCUCAUGCGAGGUCGGUGUGAAGGUGGAGUUUAUCCCAUGGAACUAUGUUCUCCCCAACCUCAGGCACACGCUGUCAACUUGGCUGGAACUCUUGCCUCGUUUGAUUGCUAG